AUGACGGAUCACCGGCCCCUUAUACCUAUUCUGAACAGUUAUACGCUGGAUGCCAUCGAGAACUCUCGUCUCCAGCGCCUCAAGGAGAAAAUCUCGCCCUACAUCUUUACAGCUGUGUGGCGCGUGCGGGAACCUCUAAUGAAUGACGACAACCCGACAAGACCCUUCGAGUCCGUCUCAGCCGACUUCUUGUUGUUGCAGGGAAGUCUUUCCUCGUCGUCGUCGAUCGCCUGUCAGGAUGGCCUGUUGUCGCACCCUGCCAAGGGCGAUACUACCGCUUCCAAUACUAUCAGGAUCUUCUGCCGCUAUUUCCGUGAAGUUGGUGUCCCCCUUCGCCUAAGGACAGAUGGAGGCCCCCAAUUCACCAGCGCAGAGUUCAAGGAUUUUAUGAAGCGAUGGGGAGUUCGACACAUGUAA